CGGUGCCCACUGCGUCUCGUGCAUUCAAGCAACAAACAGACGACAGCGAACGACCGCCGAGAUAACGGCGCCACUCGCAACAAACUGCACUGACGAGACACCGUCGGACGUCAGCCCAGCAGCGAUGCCCGCUUAAGGCCGGCCGAUACUGCUCGAGAAGAGAACAGCAUUGUCCGCGGCGUCUUCUCUAUAAGUCGGUCCCGUUACAAGGCACGCGCUCGGUCUGCCAGCCCACUACCGGCAUUGAAGCUUCGGGAGCAAAAAGAAGGCAGCGGCGUCUCAGGCCCGUUGUGCUUCCUGACGAGUCUUCGCUCCGGGCGCACGUCGGCCUUGCACCGACGUCUGCUACGCGCUCCUUUGACGAGCGGGGAAGGAGGUGAUCUCGCCGGAUUACAAGCUGCGCCUCGGCGCCCGACGGCCAAACCUGGCUCCCGCUCUCCGCUGGCUUCUUGGCCGGGAAGACGACAGGUGCACCAUGACAUUGGUGCACAGAGGCUACGUCCAAGUGCUGCCGGCCGGCACGUCGACAACAAAACUCCAGGCUUCUAAUCGAAACCGGCAUCAACAAAUGACGCCGAAACGAGCGCAAGACUUGUUCUUCCCGGCUAUGAUCCCUGAGCCGGACUACAGCGACUCCGAGGACGAGCAACAACACCGACGGCGACCCGUGAGGAUGCCCGGCAUGGCGGCCGCCCACCCGCACCACAACGAGGCGCAGUUGGCGCACGUCAACGACGAGGGCCUCAUCGUGCCCCGCAAGCUGCCCAACCCGUGCGCCGAGUCGGCCGAGCGAAAGAGCCUGCACCGAGAGCUACUCUUCAACCAGAAGAUGGGCAAGAGCGUGCUUGGCCAGAAGAGCGAGCUGCAGAAGGCCAUGGAGAAGAUGAAGGAGGAGCAGCGCCGGAAAGAGUUGGAAGAGGAGCGGGUCAAAGGACGCACGGCGCUCGAAAAGCGCCUCGAGGAGCAGGCCAACAAGCUCAAGCUGCAUGAAGAGUCUGAGGUGAUCAAGACCGACCUGCCCAGCUCUGAAGAGUCAGAGUUCCUGCGGGUGCACGCCCGUGUCUGUUCCCACACAUUGCCUGUUGACUCCAAGUCGUAGUUGCAUUGGCCUGUCCUCCAGCAACCGCUGCUGCCGAUGUCAUAUCUUGUCGAAAGACCACCCAUGUACAUAGUUCCCGAUGUAUUUUUUUUUUUUCUUCCUUUAUCGCUGGUCUUUAUUAACAGACACAUGAGAGAAGGUGGCCCAAGUGGGCCUCUGCAACUCUAUUUUUGUGCUUGACGAGCCUUUGUCAUAGGAUGAGCUUCAAGAGACACGACGCAUAGCUACACCGCAGGCCGCAGUGUGGUGGUCCUAAGCUUGCAGUCAUAUUGUAGGUGUUACGCCUUUUUGAACCUGAAGAGAGAAAAAUGCUGUUGACUAGUGUGUUUCACGAGUACCAUUAAAGAGAAGCAAGGAGGUUUCUCUCUACCAACUGGU